AUGAACAGCGAUGACGCCUUUGCAAGGAGACCUAAUGUUGGUGCUCAAAUACCAGAGAAGAUACAAAAGCAUCCCUGGAGACAAGUCUGUGACCUUGCACUACGUUUGGUGACUCUCACUCCAUUCUACAAGGUGGGACAAGAGCCAGCCAGCAGUAUUAAAGCCCUACUGUGUGGCAGGGGAGAAGCUAGGGCUUUUGAUGAUAUUGCCAAAUGCUUCUCUAAGAAAGAGUGGGAAAAGAUGAAAUACUCCCAGAAAAUCAUCUAUGUGUAUAUGAAGAGAAAGUAUGAGGCCAUGACUAAACUAGGUUUCAGGGUCACCCUCCCACCUUUCAUGCAUAAUAAACGGGCCACAGACUUCCAGAGGAAUGAUUCUGAUAAUGACUGUAACCGUGGGAAUCAGGUUGAACGUCCUCAGCUUUCAACUUUCAGCAUGCUCCAGGGAAUCUUCCCGAAGAUCAUGCCCAAGAAGCCAGCACAAGCAGAAGAAGGAAAUGAUUUGAAGGGAGUGUCAGAAACAUCGGGUCCAAAAAAUGAUGGGAAACAGCUGUGCCCCCCGGGGAAAGCAAAUACCUCUGAGAAGACUAACAAGAGAUCUGGACCCAAAAGGGGGAAACAUGCCUGGACCCACAGACUGUGUGAGAGAAAGCAGUUGGUGAUUUAUGAAGAGAUCAGCGACCCUGAGGAAGAUGACGAGUAACUCCCCUCAGGGAUAUGACACAUGCCCAUGAUGAGAAGCAGAACGUGGUGACCUUUCAAGAUCAUGGGCAUGGCUGCGGACCCCUCGUCAUCAGGUGUAUAGGAAGUGAAAGCAAGUGUUCACAACAGUGAAAAGUUGACCGUCGUUUUUCUUAGUGUGCCAAGACUUCGAUGUUAGCGUUUCUGUUGUAUUUUCUUACAGUGUGCCAUUCUGUUAGACAUUAGUAAUUUUAUUGAUGAGGAAGACUUACUAAAUGCGUAUUUCGGUUUGUGUAUCCAUGCACCUACCUCAGAAAACAAGUAUAGUCAGGUAUUCUCUGCAUAGAACAGCACUACCCUCUUCUCUCCCCAGAUGUGACUACUGAGGGCAGGUGUGAGUGUUUAACUUCAAAUUUUUCAUCUGCAUUUACACACACACACACCCCCACACACCAAGAACCACUAUAAGCAUCUCCCAUCUGCUUUUCCCCGUUGCCAUGCAUCCUGGUCAAGCCCCCCUCAUUCUGUUUCCUGUUCAGCAUGUAC